UUGUUCCCCUUAGGUUUCCUACAGCUCACUGUAAAACAUAAUUGUCAUCUUAAUUCAUGAACUAUUAUGUAACUGCCAAAAUUGGUCAUCGGAGAAAGAAUUACCAAUUCCAUCUGAUGACUCACCCUAAAUCUUGAAAUAUAAUAGCUUAACUUUCUGAUACUCUCUAUUCCAACAACAAAACGCAUAUCAUCUCAACAACAAACACCCCCCCUCCCCUUCAGAAUGUCUCUUGACUUGAAUGUUCCUACAGCCCUAGUGCUUAUCGACAACCAAGCAGCCUUCACUCACCCUACCUACUGGGGCACCUCUCGCUCCAAUCCCUCCUAUGAGCGCAACAUCCAAUCUCUUAUUCAAGUCUUCCGAGCAGCUAUUAAGAGCAAAUCAAGAGCGGGGAUCGCCAAAGAAAUCAUUCAUAUCUUUCACUCGUCUACUACGCCAAUUUCUCCACUCCAUUCCAAUGAUCCCGGGAACGGUAUUCGGCCACUUGAGUUCGCCCAGCCGGCGUCUGAUGGCUCCGAAGUGGUCAUGUGGAAGUGUGUCAAUUCUGGCUUCAUAGGUACCGAUCUGGAGGCUCAUCUUCGUGUGCGGGGUAUUCGGCAGGUCCUCUUUGCAGGGCUUACGACGGACCACUGUGUGUCGACCACGGUACGCAUGGCGGCGAACUUAGGGGUUGUGGACCAGUAUCCUGAUGGGCCGCUUACGCUUAAUCCGGAACAUGGCAUCCAUAACCAGGCCUGCGUGGAUCGGGGGCGUAUCAUACUUGUUGCAGAUGCCACAGCAACAUGGGCAAAGGGGGGCUUUGAUGCGGAAACUAUCCAUGCGGUCUCGGUGGCGAGUCUAGAAGGCGAGUUCGCCGACGUGAUGAAAACUGAAGAUGUUGUGAAAGCCCUUAGGCGGUCGAACGAAAUUGAUCUUUGAUGACCUUGUUACAUUUGUUUGAAACAUCCUCAUAGCUAGCCCAUGUUUUCUAUUAGCCAUGCUCCAUUCAUCUGCUUUCAU